AUACAGCUGCUGUAGCUCCUAUAUGCAUUUUGCAUGAAUCUAUUCCGCAUGUUUUGAAAGCAAUCAAAACGUGUUGCUUAAUUGGAUUAGCCCACCUGAGAGCCCCGACUGGAGGGAACAGAUUGAGAUCCUCUCCAGCAGCAUCAGUUGACCAUGGACAGCGAGGGCAGAAAGGUUGUCGUCUGUGACAAUGGCACAGGGUUUGUCAAGUGUGGCUUCGCUGGCUCCAACUUCCCAGAGCAUAUCUUCCCUGCCUUGGUGGGUCGGCCCAUCAUCCGGUCAAACACCAAAGUUGGAAACAUUGAGAUUAAGGACCUGAUGGUGGGUGACGAGGCCAGUGAGUGUCGCUCCAUGCUGGAAGUGUCCUACCCCAUGGACAACGGCAUGGUGCGCUCCUGGGAAGACAUGCUUCACCUGUGGGACUACACCUUCGGCCCCGAGCGCCUUGACAUCAGCCCCCCAGACUGCAAGGUGCUUCUGACAGAACCGCCCAUGAACCCCACUAAGAACCGCGAGAAGAUCGCUGAGGUCAUGUUUGAGACCUACCAGUUCCACGGCAUCUACGUGGCUAUCCAGGCCGUGCUCACACUCUAUGCCCAGGGUUUGUUGACAGGUGUGGUUGUGGAUUCGGGGGACGGGGUGACACAUAUAUGUCCUGUGUACGAGGGCUACUCUCUACCCCACCUCACACGCAGGCUGGACAUCGCAGGACGUGACAUCACGCGCUACCUCAUCAAGUUGCUGUUGCUGCGUGGCUAUGCCUUUAACCACUCGGCUGACUUUGAGACGGUCCGCAUGCUGAAGGAGAAGCUGUGCUACGUGGGAUACAACAUCGAGCAGGAGCAGAAACUGGCUACAGAGACCACCGUGCUGGUGGAGUCAUACAUGCUGCCUGACGGUCGACAGGUGAUGGUGGGAGGGGAGCGGUUCGGAGCUCCAGAGGCCCUCUUCCAGCCCCACCUCAUCAACGUAGAGGGUGCAGGCGUGGCUGAGCUGCUGUUCAACACCAUCCAGGCUGCUGACAUAGAUCUCAGGUCUGACUUGUACAAGCACAUUGUUCUGUCAGGAGGCACCACUAUGUACCCCGGCCUUCCCUCCAGACUGGAGAGAGAGAUCAAACAGCUGUACCUGGAGAAGGUGCUGCAGGGGGACACUGAGAAACUCUCUAAGUUUAAGAUCCGCAUUGAGGACCCCCCAAGCCGUAAACAUAUGGUGUUUAUGGGUGGAGCGGUGCUGGCCAACAUCAUGAAGGACAAGGAGUCCUUCUGGCUGAGCCGGGCUGACUACCUGGAGAAAGGCCUGAGGGUUCUGGACAAACUGGGGUGUGGCGUGAAGUAGAGGUGAAAUAGAGGUAGUUAGCUAGGGUCUCACACACACACACACACACACACACACACACACACACACACACACACACACACACACACACAGAUAGAUAAGGUCUGGGGGUGCUGGACAAUCUGGGGCGCAGCAGUAGACAGAAGUCUGGGAGUCCUGGGUUGUAUUCACUUGGCUCCAGAAAAUGAUGUGCUAAAAACAACACAAUUUGGGUUAUUUGGUAACUCAGCGCUGGUUAAAUAGUGGACAGAACACGUUGGGUUAUUUUGACCCUGUCAGUUGGGUUGCGUGAAUAAACCAACAAGUUGGGUUGUUGGGAUUACCCAGACAUGGUUAAUUUAACCAUCAGUUGGGUAUUUUUAUUCUCACGCUGGGUUGACCUCGCAGCUGGGUCUUUUUAAUAUAAUCCUUAGGUUCUGUUCAGGAGGCGUGCCUUAUUAGGGGUGUGUCUUUCAGCUAGUUCUUAUUGGUCACCCAUGAUAUUAAAUGUCAUUACUGUUCAUUACAGUAUGUUAAAUUUACAUACUGCAAAUGCAUUUUUUUUUUACACAUUCAUCUAUAAUAUUAAGAUGAUUUAUUACAUAUUAUAAUAACGUAAACCACUUUAUUGUAUCCUGACAAUUGGAUUUACAUUAGCUUUUAGGCAACUCAUACACUUCUGUAAGCCAAUUUAUUUGGUUAUUCCAAAAUUCAUUACAUGUUGAAAUUUCCAAUCAAAUUGAGUUCAACUUCAUUUGUCUUACAGGGUCAGCCAUAGUAAUACGGCGCCCCAUAAGCAAAUUAGGGUUACGUGCCUUGCCCAAAGGCACAGAUUUUUCACUUUGAGGUUAGAGGUGGUCAGCUAGACUGAAUAGAAAACUAAGAGAAUAUGAUGGGAUGCUACUGUAAUAGAGACAUCUUAGUAUAAUGCCUUCCUGGUAAGAACCAGCCGUUGCCUGUCUGAUGAAACAUACAGUAUCUGUUAUAAGUCUGUUGUAAGAGAAUAGAAUAGCAUUUUCAUAUUCGUCACUGUCAACUUUCCAAGUUGUUUCUUACUGUCAAGUUAACAUAUUGUAUUGCAUACAAUGCAACAAUUAUACAGUACAAUACACUUGUAAGGUUUCAUAUUUUUACCAAUUGAAUUCUCACUGUGUCUAAUGGAAUCAUUUUGAAGUAGCCAUUGUUUCAAAUGCAUAUGCAAAUAAAUAUAACUGACGUUAGCCUAAAUGCCAAAUUGAAUAAAGUGAAUGUCAUUGUUUUUGAUGACUGAAUAGCAGUGGUGUAAAGUACUUAAGUAAAAAUACUUUAAAGUACUA